AGAAUGGUGGACAUUGGUGGUAGUAACCUUUCAAAGGGAAGAAAUAAUACAUUAAUACAUAAAUAGAUAUCUAAAAGAGGCAAUCUGGUGGGUCUUCUGCAGAAGGAAGAAGAAAAUUAGUUAAGGGCCGGACGAUAAUUAUAUUCAUGCAAUGACGACUAUGGUUGUGGGCGGAUUCCGAUCAAAACUUCGUAUCAUCGUCCCACUCCUACUGUGGUGUACUUCCAUUCUUCUCACCUGCGCUCCCGCUGCCGUAAUAGGAGCAAAUGUUACACUGGAAUCAAUUCAAAUAUUUCAGAACCAUGAGGAAUUCGAGUCCAGUGAACCGUCUGUUUACUUUGAGUGUGAGUUUGACCAAGAGAGUAAGACAGAUCUGACUGAAGUAAAGAAAAUAAACUUUACAUAUUCCAUAAUGCGGCCGGUGGUGCAACUAUCAUAUGGGAGUGAAUGCAAGUCCUGUGGGGUGUACGAGAAGGACAUUGCCAAUCCGGAUGACGUGUUUGGUGUGUGGAAAAUUUGCGCUUCCAGUUUUUCUGCUGGAAAUUUCAGCUAUACUAAUGAGACGGAGUUGAUCGCAACAUUUUCCUGUCCGGACUGUAAUACUCUUCCACAGAGUGAAGAUUCGUCCAAUUCACCUUCAGCCACACCUUCAACAAAUUCAACAGGUGAAUUUAAUUCUGGGAAUGAGAAGGCAAGGAGCUGGAGUGCGGGAUUGCUAAUCACAAGUGUGGCCUCGGCGUUUUUUGCUGUUGGAGGCUAAAUGUCUAGUCACUCAUGAUUAUCGGCAAAACCAACAAGAUUCAGCCUUCCUAUUUCUGUUGUAUCCAUUUUCAACAAUUUCAUGGUUUUGUAUACCUUGUAAAAUUUCUUUCGACACUGUUUUAGUUCAAUAGUUUAACUCUAUGUUUUAUGCUUUCGAUAAUGAUUCUUUUCAUUUUUCUUUUGAAAUCGUCUAUAUAUGCAAGAUUUUAACUCUUUUUUUGAAAACUCAAGAUUGUAACUUGUAAUGGAUUAUAUCACUCUCCGGUCUCUACCAAUUCUAUUAUUUUCAUAUAAAAACUAUCGCGAU